AUGAAUGGUAAUCAUGAAAAUUCAUCAUGUUGUUCUAGAUAUUGGUUUAUAAUAAUCAAUAGUCUUCUUUCACUUAUUCUUUUGAUAACAUCAGUUCUAUUAAUACAUACUUUACAUAAACAAACAGAACGUGAUCGUAAACGUCAACAUAUUAAAAAUGAAUUUAAAUGUAAACAUCAUGUUGCAAAUAAAGUUUUAGAUAUAAUUAUGAAAGAUGGUAUUGUUUACAAAUGGAUAAAAGCACACAAGGGUUCAAUUGCAACAACAUUUAAAGAAUUAUUUACAGAUAUAGCUGAAACAAUUUUUGAUCGAUGA